UCGAUAAGCAGAAGCAUGAAAAGGGUGUACCGCCGUCGUCGCAUCAAACAGUUUGUUCGCUCAGGCUCAGCUAUGUUUCGGCGUCUCUGCGCCGGCGUCCACCGUCAGCUUCAGGUGACCGCCACUCUCGGCCAUCGUCGGACUGCCGCCGCCUCUUGUCCACAUUUUCUGGGAUUCGUCAAACCCUAUUCUGUCUCCUCCGUCGGCGCCGACGAUCCCUCACCCCUAAUCGCCUCCUCCCUGGCGAGAUCGUGCGGGCUCUCCGACCAUGCCGCCUUCUCCAUCUCCAAGAAAUUCCAGCUCGACGCCCUCGACAAAGCGCUCUCGGUGCUCGCCCUCCUCAAGGACUACGGCUUCGACGACGCCCAUCUCGUCCGCCUCGUCGACCGCCUUCCUCGUGUCCUCUCGAUGGACAUCGAGAAGACCUUGAAGCCCAAGCUUGAGUUCUAUUGCGGGAUCAGCCUCGUCGGAACCCCCUUCCCGGAGAUCCUGCCAGCGAACCCCUGGCUGCUUACGUGCAGCGUGGAGAAGCGAUUGCUCCCCAACGUUGAGCUCCUCAAAUCGAUCUUGAAAACGAAUGAGAACCUUGUGGAUGCCCUAAAGCAUACGCCUUGGUUGAUGACCUCAGACAUCAGAACCACCGUGCUUCCCAAGCUCGAUGCUCUGCGCGCAUACGGCGUGCCCGAUGAUGUAAUCUUAGUGCUUUUGAUCCGUUACGGCUACGCUUUGCUGACAGAUACAGCUCGAUUCAAUGAGGCCUUUGACAAGAUCAAGAAGAUGGGAAUCUGUCCGAAGAAAACUACUUUCGCCCGUGCACUCGGGAUGCUUGCUUUAUUGCCCGAGAAGAAGUGGGUGGAGAAAGUGGAGAACUUUAUGGGAUUGGGAUGGUCACAGGAUAAUGUCUUGGAGGCCUUCUCAAAACAGCCUCACACUGUGCGGAUAUCGACUGAGAAGACAAGGAAGACUGUGAAGUUUCUGGAAGAGAAGCUGGGAUGGACACCGGAGCACAUUGUGAAGUAUCCAACUGUUCUGACAUUGAGCCUGGAGAAGAGGAUGAUGCCCAGGUAUGCCGUCCUGAGCAUUCUCAGGCACAAGCGAUUAAUCAAGCCUGGCUUCACAGGGUAUCAUUUUCUGAUUUCGAGCAACAAGUUCCAGAUGGAAUUUGUGACCGAAUAUCAAGACAAAGCUCCAGAGAUAGUUGAAGCUUAUCAAAGAAGUGAGAUCGGAUAAAUAACAAGAAUGUUCUCUAGACAAAUCUGCUAACAAGCAAACUCUUCUGUAAGACAAGCGAAUUGUAAGCAGGCAAGGUUUUUCCUCUUACACCAUCUGAAUUGUUGCAUGCAUCCUUGCUAGAUUGUUUUGUACUCACAUAAACUCAGUUUAUGGCAUGUUUCUUGUUGCUUAGAGUAUGAUCGAGAUGAAUACUAUUAAGCUUUUGAAA